GUGAGAAGCACUCGAACUCGAAAGUGUUUCAUUCAACACUCACAGAAAUGGCCCUGUCCUCUACUGUUUUCCUCACUUCUUCAUGCAUCCCACAAAUACGGAGUAGGCCUUUGAGUGUCCCAAAGCCAAACUCUGUGUCCCAAACGACGUCGUUGAUGCUGCCGCCACCCCAAGCAACACACAGAUUAUUCCAUUACCAACCCCUGAAACACAAUAGGACAUUGUUUGGCACAGUGAAGGCAUUAAAGAAGGACGAGAAGAGCUUUAAGAACGUGGAAAUAUUCUCUGAGGAGCAUCUUCAUGGGUCCCUGGUUCAUGAUAUCGUUGAACUCUCCCAAAAAUACAUCAGAGACAAAGGAUCCUUCUCGGUUGCUCUGUCCGAUACCCCUUCCGUCAAAUUCCUCAGGAAGUUGUCGGAACCUCCAUACAUCGAUACAAUUGAGUGGUCAAAAUGGCGGUUUUUUUGGGUGGAAGAGGAAGUCUUCGUGCCAGGUGAUCAGUUAAAAAAGCGACUUGUGCCAAACGAUCAACUAGUCGCAAAGAUUAACCACAAGCUCGCUUACGAUGAAUUUCUCACCACGGUGUCACGAGCAGCUGGAUCUUUAAAUGUUUAUACCAUUGACUACGACCUAUCAGAUGAGAACGAAGCAGCCGAACGUUACGAGAAGAAACUGGAGAUCUGGGUUUCCAAGAACGAGAUAGCAAAGUCCAAACAAAGCCAGCUUCCUAAAUUCGACCUGAUGUUUCUGGGCAUGGAGGCAGAUGGACGUGUGGGUUCUCUAAUGCCGGAUCAUCCAGUUCUUGAUGAGAACGAGAAAUGGGUGGCUUCCGUGAAGGACAAGGACGUGAUGCGAGUGACUCUAACUCUGCCAGUGAUCAAUUCGAGUUCCAACAUCGCAAUGGUGGUGGCUGGCUCUGCCAAUGCUGACGCAGUUUAUUCUGCUUUCAAGGACGACAAUUAUCCACAAGCUCCUAGUCGCAAGCUUCCUGCUAAACUGAUCUCGCCUGAUGAAGGCGACCUCGUGUGGUACCUGGAUAGAGCUGCUGCUUCUAAGCUCUUCAAGGAAGAAGUCCGUAUCGACGACAAACGCUCUUAAUUAAUAAUUGAAUACAUAUAUCUGCGUUCUCAUCGGGUUAUUGUUGGCCAGUUUUGAGAAAUUAAAGAAUCGUCGUCUGUGUCCUUGCUGAUCGAUGAAAUGUUCUGUUUUUGUAUUCGUUAUGAAUGUGGUGGUUGGUCUCUGUCCCUUGGCAGCGGCACACACAGUAGCUUCUCAAUAAGAGAAACUUGUUAUUUUGGUGUGUCAUUACCGUUAUACUGUGUAUUACGAGCAAUUGUGAGCGAUUCGUGUUUUGUAUGCCGAAAUGAUAAUGUGUAGUUUCACAUUCUCCAUGGAAUAUCAUAUUGAUGGCAACAAUUGUUGGAAUA